AACCCAAACCCUUUUCUCAUUAAUCAAAUUUAGUGUUGGGGUUCUUCCCGUAAUCCAUUUUUCGGUUUAUUAGCGUUGGUCAAGCCUGGGAAGCCAACACUUUCCGUUUCUGUUUUUAGGCCUUUUGAAGUAGACGAUGAAGCGAUCGAAAUUUGAGUCGUUAACGUAUCCGUCUCGGUUCAGGGUAGUUAAGUUAUUGAUUGGGGUUUUAUUUCUCUACCUUUUGCUUGUUAGCUUCGAAAUCCCGCUGGUUUUCAAAACCGGUUCGGGUGGGUUGUUUACUGACUCAUUGCCGAGGCCUUUGUUUCUCGAGAGCGAGGAGGACUUCAGUUACAAAACCGCGCCGGCUCGACCCGACAACGAUCCGAACCGUGUCCGUCGUGCAGGAGGAGAGGGAAAAGUUGGGGAGUUCGAGGGAGUUUCGGGUCUACACUUUAAUGAGAGCUCUUUCGACAGCAUCGGCUCCGAAGGCGAGUUGUCGGUGCUACAGAAAACCGUACGACACGCUUUCGUAGUCGGCAGGAGACUCUGGGACGACCUCCAAUCUGGUCAAAAGAAACACGAUUCGAAACCCGAACAGCAACACCAAAACAAAAAUAAAACAGAAUCAUGCCCGGAUUCAAUUUCCUUAUCCGGGUCGGAGUUCGUGAACCAGGGGAGGAUCCUGGUCCUUCCUUGCGGGUUAACGCUAGGGUCCCAUAUUACGGUGGUCGGAAUGCCGCAUUGGGCGCAUGCAGAGCAUGAUCCGAAAAUUGCAGUCUUGAAAGAAGGGGACGAGUCAUUGAUGGUAUCGCAAUUCAUGAUGGAAUUGCAAGGGUUGAAGACGGUGGACGGCGAGGAUCCGCCUCGGAUCCUUCAUUUCAAUCCGAGGUUGAAAGGGGAUUGGAGCGGGAAGCCGGUGAUCGAGCAGAAUACUUGUUAUCGGAUGCAAUGGGGAUCGGCGAUGAGGUGCGAAGGGUGGAAUUCGAGAGCUGAUGAAGAAACAGUUGAUGGAGAAGUUAAAUGUGAGAAGUGGAUUCGGGACGAUGACGGUGGGUCGGAAGAAUCGAAGGCGACAUGGUGGUUAAACAGAUUGAUAGGAAGGAAGAAGAAGGUGACACUAGAUUGGCAGUACCCUUUUACAGAGGGAAAGUUGUUUGUUCUCACGUUGAGGGCUGGUUUGGAGGGUUACCAUGUCAAUGUCGAUGGGCGUCAUGUGACCUCAUUUCCUUAUCGAACUGGAUUUGUGCUCGAGGAUGCUACAGGGUUAUCUCUAAAGGGUGACCUUGAUGUGCACUCUGUAUUUGCUGCUUCCUUGCCUAAUUCACAUCCUAGUUUUGAUCCGCAAAAGCAUCUCGAGAGAUUGAGUAAAUGGAAGGCGCCUGCACUUCCUGAAGGAGAUGUAGAGCUUUUUAUUGGCAUCCUUUCUGCUGGCAAUCAUUUUGCUGAGAGGAUGGCUGUGAGAAAGUCGUGGAUGCAGCAUAAGUUAAUUAAGUCUUCGAAAGUUGUUGCUCGUUUUUUUGUAGCACUGAGUGGAAGAAAGGAAGUAAAUGUUGAGCUGAAAAAGGAAGCGGAGUAUUUUGGUGAUAUUGUUAUAGUUCCCUACUUGGAUAACUAUGACCUAGUUGUUCUGAAGACAGUUGCCAUUUCUGAAUAUGGGGUCCGUACAAUGGCUGCAAAACAUAUUAUGAAGUGUGAUGAUGAUACAUUUGUUCGGGUGGAUUCUGUGAUCGAGGAAGCAAAGAAGUUUGGAGAUAAAAGCAUUUAUAUUGGAAAUAUGAAUUAUUACCACAAACCCCUGCGCGAUGGUAAAUGGGCAGUAACAUAUGAGGAAUGGCCAGAAGAAGACUACCCACCCUAUGCGAACGGUCCAGGGUACAUAAUCUCAUCCGACAUCGCUCAGUUUAUCGUAACCGAGUUUGAGAAACACAAGUUGCGACUAUUCAAGAUGGAAGAUGUGAGCAUGGGAAUGUGGGUGGAGAAAUUCAACAGCUCGAAGCCAGUCGAGUACCAACACAGCUUGAAAUUUUGCCAGUUCGGAUGCAUAGAGGAUUACUUCACUGCCCAUUACCAAUCACCGAGACAAAUGUUAUGCAUGUGGGAUAAAUUAGUAAAUCAAGUAAAGCCCCAAUGCUGCAACAUGAGAUGACAACAGUUAUACAAAACAAAAUGAAUAGAUAUAGUUUUUACUUGCACUGUGGUAAAUUUGAGAGAAAAGCUUUAACAAAUUUUGGUAAAACUGUAUAUAUGGUGUUUAAGACCAGAUAUUGUGGGAACUCUCCCACUCCCCCACUUGAUUCAUUACUUCAG